AUGCUCGUCAAAGCUUCAUCUUCCAGCUUGGCUGCGGCCACUCGCACCGGCGUGCUGCUGCCCAGUACCUCAACUGCAUCCAUCGUCACAAGCAGACACUACACUUCCACACGCGCAACCGCUUCGCCUGCACCUUCAUCCUCGCUCUCCAAAGCUUCGCCCACAAAAUCCAAUUCAAACCCUCUACUACAUACGUCGCAACUCUCUCCCAGCGCGCCGCCACCCUCCAAAGAACCCUACUCACCCGUCACCGUUGCCAUUGUCAAGGGGCUCGCCAAGCUGAUGGGCUACAACUCGCUCACUUCGACCUCGAUCCGUGUCACGUCAGACCUCUACGAUCGGUGUGCGGAGCGCGCGCAUGUCGAGCGUAAUUUCUGGUACGGCGACUGCGCGCUGCCGGAGACGUACCAGUCGUGGUUCCAGAUCACCAACCUGCAUGUGUAUCUGCUGCUGGCGCGGUUCCGCGCAUUUGACAAGGCGGCCAACAAGACGUACAGCCAGGAGCUGGUGAACCACUUUUUCAUUGAUGCCGAGUCGCGCAUGCGUGAUCGCUUUGGUGUGCAGACCUCGCGCCUGGUGAAAGGCUACAUGCGCGACAUGCACAUGCAGCACCGCGGCUCCAUUCUCGGCUACGACGAGGGGCUGGCCACCAACGAUGCAACGCUGGCUCAGGCGCUGUGGCGCAACAUCUGGGGUGCGGGCUGGGGCACCGUUGCGGGCGUUAAACGCAAGCUCGCGGGUAUCGACAAGCUGGCAGAGGGCGAGAAGGACGAUCCGGAGGGCCAGCCUGAACUGGCUCGCGAUGCGGCGACGUUCGAUCCCAGGAUCGCGACACAACCCAACGCCAGCCCGUACGCUCGUGCUGCGUCUGCAUCCCUCGCCGCCGACCGUGCAAACGCCGCGCCGUCCACCCUGCCGCCCCAAGCAGAAAACCCCGCCACAAUGCCCCUAGCGUCCAACAUCCUCCCCGCCAUCGACCCCCUCGCCGCCGCACACCCCGAACUGGCUUUCCCACACCACCUCCACCGCAUCGUCACCUUCAUCCGCGCAGAGUCCCAACGCCUGGCAAACCUCUCCGACCGAGAAGUCAUGCUCGGCAGAGUAGAACCCAAAACACCCGCUGCAGGCAGUCGAUCCGAAGAACCUGCUAACGCUACUGCGAGCAUCGCUUCUUUCCGCCGUAUCUAA